AUGCCGCGCUCGAGCGCCAAAAGUCACCAGUCGAUAUUUGUGCCCCCCGAUGUACUUGCCGCACGUAGGGAGAAUACUACGGCUUCAAUGCUUGCCCAGCUCCACGAACCUCCCCCGGUUGCCAACCCCUCACCGUUUCGAGGAUUCGGCCUUUAUACCGAUGUCGAGGUCGAAGUACCACAAAAUGACCCUCGCCUUGCACACAAGCCUUACACUGUUAAAAAGUUCCUACCCCUGGGCGGGCCCCAGCAUGUACAUAACAAGCGUCGGAAGAGGGAUGAUCUACCAGAUGAGGUGUUGAGAAUGUACAAUGAGUUGGAGGCUAUCCUGUUGCGGGAGGAAGACGCUGAGAAGCGUGACGCGAGACAAGACCCACAAGAGCGCUUUAAGCCUAUGAAAUGCCCAGGGAUCUUGGUGCCUCCACCUUCACUUCCACCGCCGCUAUCGAAGCCUACAGAGACUACCAUAACGAUCCUUAAGGCUAAUAAGGAGACCAGGGCGGAAAUCGGGGAGAAAACCAUGGAAGAGACCAUAGGCGAAACCAUGGAGAAGACUAGGGAGAACACGAGGAAAGAGACCGGGAAGGAGGUCAGGAAGGAGAUCAGGGAAGAACCUGGGAACGACUCUCAUAAGGAUAAUAACCCAGACACCAACUCUUCGGACAAAUCCACCGAGGUCAUCAAACAAGGCACCGUAAAAGUUGAAGAGACCCAGGACGUAGCUGACUUGAGCACUCAAGAGUCUGGGGAGAUUUGGGAGGACGAUAGUGAUGUGGAGAUUAUCGAAAGCCGCCCUGUCCAAAAGCGACAUCUUCCGGUGUACAACAUGGCACAAUUAUUUUGUUGUGCCUGCAAUGUAAAAAUCGGGGGGAAUCUCAGGGCGUUCACGGAUCAUAUGCUCAAAAUACAUUUUGAUGAGCUCGACUCGAUAUACUACAGGUGCUGUGCGGAUCACUACUGGAAUGCAUCAUUGACUUCUUAUGUUCCCCAUUGGGGCGGGGUCCAUGGCUGGGGCAAGGAGCCUUUCCCGUGCCCUAAGUGUGCAGCCAAUUUUCAGAGCAUCCCAGAACUACGGGGACAUCUCGUAAAGGUGCAUCAGAAUUCAGUCAGUACUACACCAAAGAGCUUACGAGAAGUGACACCAAAAGCUUCAGUCGAUUACAAGUCCAAGAGCUCAGUCGGUUCGAUACAAAAGAGCUCGCAAGAUCCCACACCAGCAAGUUCAGUCGCCCCGAAACCAAAAAGUGUAUAUGAGCCCGAACGAACAAGGUCAGUUGGAAGCGGGCCACACAAUAGAGAUCCGGACUCAGCACAACAUGCGGCCGAGCCCAUACCGCCCGUCGAACAUAGACCGCCGGUUUCACUGCCUCCUAGACCACAAUUUCCAAGAUCAUCGCGAACAUCGUCGUAUCCGGCACCCAGGGCACACACGCCACCCCGGAGGCCACCGUCAACCGAAAGAGUAGAAGGGCAUCCGGCACCUAGGGCACACACGCUGCCCCGGAGGCCACCGUCAACCGGAAGAGUAGAAUGGCAUCCGGAAUUCAGGCCGCCCACGUCACCACGGCGAGACCGACCCCCCGCCGACUGA